AUUUUCGUUGUUUACAUUUCUUGUUUUAUCUAUGGUUUCACCGUUCUCGCUUCGUUUUCUCUCGUUGUGUACUUUAUUGGUUACCGCCAAGAUAAAUAACUGUAUUUGAAAAAAUGAAUUAGCUAAGAGACAAUAAGAGAGUGAAGGUUCCUUGUGCAUAGGUUAUUGAAAAUGUCUACUGAUUUUUACAUACGUUAUUACGUGGGCCACAAAGGCAAGUUUGGUCAUGAGUUUUUGGAAUUUGAAUUUCGACCUGAUGGUAAACUCAGAUAUGCCAAUAAUUCUAAUUAUAAGAACGAUACCAUGAUUCGGAAAGAAGCGUAUGUGCAUCCUUGUGUCAUGGAGGAAUUGAAACGUAUAAUAGUGGAUUCCGAAAUAAUGCAUGAAGAUGAUCGACUAUGGCCACAACCAGACCGUGUCGGCAGACAGGAACUAGAGAUUGUGAUUGGAGAAGAACAUAUUUCAUUCACAACAUCUAAAACAGGAUCUUUGGUGGAUGUUAACCAAUCUCGAGAUCCUGAAGGUCUCAGAUGCUUUUACUAUUUGGUCCAGGAUCUAAAGUGUCUCGUAUUUUCUUUAAUUGGUCUACACUUCAAGAUCAAACCUAUAUAG